GACUUUAAACCUUGUAUUAUCAUUUUUGGUGGGUUCUUUUCAUACUACUAUGCCAUUUAGUUGGUAAAUGUCGUUUUACAAGUGCUAAGUAAAUCUGUUGGUCAAUGCUGCCUUAAGCAUUCAAGAUUCAGUAGAAUUGGAACAUUAUAAAACUAAAGGAACCUAUGCUUAGUUUCCCAUGCUGAUGGAGGAAGCUUACACUACACUGAGGAUAUAGUUCCACACAUAAGGUAGCAAACUUCAUUGUUUACUCUGAAUUGGAUAAACAUGGCAGUCCAGCACUCAUUCGAACUGGCUAAAGGUCCCUGUGAUGAUGAUGGGCGUCCGAUGAGAACUGGAACUUUAUGGAGUUGCAUCGCUCACAUAAUUACUGCUGUUAUCGGAGCUGGGGUUCUGUCUCUGGCAUGGAGCACUGCACAGUUGGGAUGGAUAGCGGGGCCAAUUUCCUUGUUUUGCUUUGCAAUAGUCACCUAUGUUUCUGCAUUCCUCCUCUCCGAUUGUUACCGAUCUCCUCAUCCUGUUACUGGAACUCGGAACUACUGUUACAUGGACGCUGUUAGAGUGAAUCUUGGCGGAAAAAGGCAAUGGUUCUGUGGUUUGCUUCAAUAUGUGAACUUGUAUGGGACUGCUACUGCUUAUGUAAUUACCACAGCAACCUGUAUGAGAGCAAUUCAGAGAUCAAACUGCUACCACAAGGAAGGGCAUAAUGCUUCAUGUGCAUAUGGGGAUUCUUUCUAUAUGGUGCUAUUUGGAGUUAUUCAGAUUGUAAUGUCUCAGAUACCAGAUUUCCAUAACAUGGAAUGGCUCUCAAUUGUUGCUGCAAUCAUGUCCUUCUCCUACGCUUCCAUUGGAUUAGGACUUGGCUUUGCAAAAGUAGUAGAAAAUGGGAAGAUUAAGGGCAGUAUUGAAGGAAUCUCAGCUUCUAAUACAGCUGACAAAACAUGGUUGGUCUUUCAAGCGCUUGGAGACAUCGCCUUUGCCUAUCCAUACUCAUUAAUUCUUCUUGAAAUACAGGAUACUUUGAAGGCCCCUCCACCAGAAAACAAGACCAUGAAGAAGGCCUCAAUGUCUGCAAUCCUUAUUACCACUUUCUUCUACCUUUGCUGUGGAUGCUUUGGAUAUGCAGCCUUCGGGGAUGAUACACCAGGAAAUCUCUUGACAGGUUUUGGAUUUUUCGAACCUUACUGGCUCAUCGACUUUGCUAAUGCUUGCAUCAUUCUUCAUCUCGUGGGUGGUUAUCAGGUGUAUAGCCAGCCAGUGUUUGCAUUUGUGGAAAGAUGGGUUACCAGAAAGUUCCCAGACAGUGGAUUUGUGAAUAAAUUCUACACCUUAAAACUCCCAUUGCUGCCAGCUUUCCAGAUGAAUCUUCUCAGGAUAUGCUUUCGAACCACGUAUGUUAUAUCUACAACUGGAAUUGCGAUGAUUUUCCCUUACUUCAACCAGGUUUUGGGAUUGUUGGGGGCACUGAACUUUUGGCCUUUGGCUAUAUAUUUUCCAGUAGAAAUGUACUUAGUGCAAAAGAAAAUAGGGGCUUGGACAAGAACGUGGAUCAUUCUUCGGACGUUUAGCCUUGUGUGCUUGCUUGUAUCAAUAAUUACCCUAGUUGGGUCUGUUGAAGGAAUAAUAAGUGCCAAGUUAAGCUAGAAACUAGUUGAUGCUAGUGGGUAAUGAUUUAUGGGAAGUUCUGCUGUCCAUAAAAUGAAGGAAAAGCUUGAAUACAUAACCAUUGGAAACAAUGUCAAUGUAGUAUAGUAUUUCAUAGAAUAGGAGCCUUCUAUUUGGCUGGGAUCAGAAGGAGCCUACCAUUGUAAAAUUUCAUAUUGGAAUACAAAUGUAUUACAUCAUUUGUCUA